AUGUUCAUGAUGCAGAUUUCUCUUUCCACGCGUUCGCGGCAUACUCUGCUGUUGACCGAAUCAGUAAUAGGGGUUUUUUUUUUCCUUCUUUUUGCAAUCUCAUCAUUUUGUUUGCUUGGUGGAAAGACAUUUCGAUGGCUGUUGGGAGCAAUACCGAAUACCAAAAAAAAAAAAAAAACAAUCGCUUUUUCUUUUCCACCAGAAUUUCGUUCCUUCGAAGAAUCAGACAAGUCGCGUAGUUUCUGGUGGCAAGACGAGAUGCAAUUUAAUGAUGGAGGGAAAACGAACAUGAUUGGUAUAUCUGCGGGUUAG